AUGGGUGAUGUUGAGAAAUGCAAGAAGAUUUUUGUUCAGAAGUGUGCCCAGUGCCACACCAUGGAAAAGGGAGGCAAGCACAAGACUGGGCCCAAUCUCCAUGGUCUGUUUGGGCGGAAGACAGGUCAGGCACCUGGAUUCUCUUACACAGAUGCUAACAAGAACAAAGGCAUCACCUGGGGAGAGGACACACUCAUGGAGUAUUUGGAGAAUCCCAAGAAGUACAUCCCUGGAACAAAAAUGAUCUUCGCUGGCAUUAAGAAGAAGGCAGAAAGAGCAGAUUUGAUAGCUUAUCUCAAAAAAGCUUCUAAUGAGUAAUAGUUGGCCACUGCCUUAUUUAUUACAAAAUGGAAAUGUCUCAUGACUUUUUAUGUGUACCAUAAUUUAGUUGAUAUCAUACACCAGAAUUUAGAUCAUGAGUGACUGACAGAAUAUUUUUGUUGGACAGUCCUGAUUUAAGUAAGACUGGUUUGUGGUAAAUAUAAUAGGUUUUUUGAAUUUUGAUAGUAAUUCCAGUCCAGUAAAUA